AUGAUACCAGCCACUAUACUUUUAGGCAUAUGUGAAAUUCAGUUCGAGUCGGAUGAUCCGAUCUACCUCCCACCGACAGCCAAAGGUGGCAGAAGCGAUAAACACUAUCGAGUAGACAAUCCCUCGAAGUUUCCAAUCAAAUAUUUCUGGGAUAUUCCCGAAACCUAUAAUGGAAUCUUGGACGUCUCGCCCAAAGAUGGAACAAUCGCAGCGGAAUCUAGUCAGUCUUUCACCUGGUCGUUCACACCCACAUCUGCCGGCCGAGACAGUACAGACGUGGUGUUUGAAUUCACCUACGCCGAACCUUCAGACGCCGAGGUUUUCUCCUUUCUUCCUAGCAACCCGGAGGCAACCAAAAAGCGGACACUCACGGUCAUUUUGGUCUCCGAAGAAGGCGCUUUGAGUGUUAAAAACAGUCUACUUGAUUUGGGUCCGAUUGCAGUUGGGACAAGUGUUGUUACGUCAAUAACUCUCACCAACGUAACAAUGGUAGGUUUCGCCGUCACUCUUGAUGUUCGCGGAUGCAACACUGAUAGGAACGACCAUAAAUAUUGUUCAUAA